AUGGAGUUUUGGGAGUGGCAGACAGGCCACGGACGCAUGGAGGAUGACGAGGUUGUCCUGAACUCCCAGAACGGUGUUGCCAUCUACGAGGGGGAAAAUCAGACACGUUGGCAGGACGGAAAACUGACGGUCACCACGCACAACAUUUUUUUCCGGACGUUGGACAGGGAGUCGCAUGUUCUGCGGCUUCCGCUGCAAACCAUCUACGGCUCUGGCAAGAGCGUCUACAGCAAGGGAGGCUUUCUCUUCUCGCACGCCAAGAUCAUAGCUCCGCUCCCAGGCAAGGACGUGUAUGUGAAGUUUUCCUUUCGAAGAGGAGGCAUGGAUGAAUUCCUCGAGGCCAUGAAGAGGGCAUUGCUCGAGAAGCGCUGGAUUCCAGCUGUGCCACGUGAUGCAGCCACAGCGCCCUCGUCGCCGUUUGGGAGGCCACCGUCACUGACGUCCUCUGCGCCCUCAGCUCCGGGGUCAAACUCGGCCUCAAAGGGGGCGCUGGCAGCAGCUGGUAGGUUGCACAGACAGGGUACUGCGGAGACGGAAGCAGGCAACGUCUCCUCGUCAGCGUCUGUGUUUAGUGUCACAGACAAGGCCGGUAUUGCGGGUCUGAUGCGGGCCUCUGCGGAGCAGGCUCAGCUGCGUGAGUCGCUGCGCGACAUCGAUGAUGUGAUGAAGAAGGCCUCUUCCUUGGUGGCAAAUAUACGCUAUUUUCGGGAAAGGCAGAGAGCAGGUGACAAGACCCCCAUCGAAGACGAGACGGAAAUUGAGGGCAUUGAGUCGACGCUAGGCCUUGGGACGAUGGUGCGAGCGCCAUCCAGCGGCUCCUCCCAAGGUAGCUUUCAUAAAGAGCUCGCGCUGGAGAUGCAUGCAUGGAUGGCGCAUGAGAAGAAUGAACGUGUUUUUGGAAGUAUGCCGCUGGUUCCACUGAUAGAACUCUUUUCCUUGUAUAAUAAAGCUCGGGGUGGGAGUAAUUUGGUUUCGCCUGGUGACGUCUUACUGGCAUGCCGUACCAUGACGAGGCAGCCGUACUCACGCUACACAUUUAAGCAACUCUCCUCAGGGCGGCUUGCGCUACAGCACAAGAACCCCUCGUUGGUGUUGGAGAGGCUUGUGCGUUUCCUCGGACCACGUCUCUGUAACUCCAAAGACGCUGGUUUUAAAAAUAUAGUUUCUGAAGAGAAAGUUCCAACAACAACAACUUUUCCAGAGUCAUGGGCUUCGUUAAAAUCUAUCAAUGAGGUGCAAUUUGCGGCGAGUAUUCAAGCAGCUCGCUCAGUGGCAGAGGAUUUGCUAGAGGAGUUGGAGGCAGAGGGGAUUCUUUGCCGAUCCGGAGGUGAAAUAGGGAAUAUCGCAUUUCACUGGAAUAUAUUUGUUUUCUGA